AGACCAGAUCCCAUUCCCAUCAAUUUUCAGACAACAGAGGAAACUUCUUUCUCUCUCUUACAUUUUUUCUCUGUUUCAACUUGUAGCCAAAAAUUCAAAACAAAAUUACUAGAAACCUUGACUUACAUAUAAUUAUAUGUGCUUUGUUACCUCAAUCAUAUGUACUUCAGCUGCUGCUACAAUAACUACUUUUGUUUUUGGAUUAUAGAUUAUUCUCAUUCUUGAUUCUCAUGUAGCUUAAAUUUAUUACACACAUAUACAUAUUGAAUAAAGGAUGAAUUUAUCUCUUACUGUAAUGACCUUUAAUCUGCUUGAAGAUCAGCCAGAAGAUAGUCAAAAUUCAUGGAUGAAGAGGAGAGAUUUGUGUAUAAGUGUUAUUACAAGCUAUUCUCCAAUGAUUAUAUGUACCCAACAAGGGGUGAAGUCACAGUUAGAUUAUCUUCAACAAUGCCUGCCAGGGUAUGAUCAAUUUGGAAUUUCAAGGAAAGGAACUGAAGACACCUCAGAUGAGCAUUGCACCAUAUUUUAUGACAAGGAAAAGGUAGAGCUCUUAGAAGGUGGAACUUUCUGGUUGUCAGAGUCACCAUCAGUUCCUGGAAGCAUGUCAUGGGGAUGUGAAGUUCCAUGCAUUGCAACUUGGACAACGUUUCAGCUGAAAGGAGUUGAACCGCCAGGGUUUUCUUUUCAAGUUGUAAAUACAAACAUGGAUGAGCUUAGUCCACGUGCUCGCAGGCGAAGUGCUUUGCUCACAUGGCAGCAUAUCGCAUCAUUACCUCCUAGCUUACCUGUUGUAUAUUGUGGAGGAUUCAACACACAAAAAGAAUCUACUACAGGACGUUUUCUUCUAGGGAGAUCGAGAGAGCAUGGUGUUGUAGGUGAUAUGAAAGAUGCAUGGUCUAAUGCUCGGGUAAGGAAGAAUGUGUCUCUUAUACGCACUUAUCAUGGAUUUAAAGGUGAUAAGCAAGGAGCUCUUGAAUUCCUCAAGUUGGUAUUUAGAGCAUUUUGCUUGUGUUGGGAUCGCCAAACUCAGGACUUGCAUGUGGACUGGAUUCUAUACCGAGGCAGAGCUCUCGUUCCAGUAUCAUCGGAAGUGGUUAGUGAUAACAUAGACGGGUUUUAUCCUUCUUCUCACUAUCCUGUGUAUGCUGAAUUCAUGCUUCCUCGGAGCGUCAGAUUACCUGAGGUUCCUGCUCAAAAUGGAAACUGAAGUGCCCUCAAGUUUUGGAACCUUAUCCUCGUAGGCCGUAGUAUGCCCAUUUUUUCCCCUUCCCCCGGGUGUUUUAUGCCCAUUUUUUCCCCUUCCCCCGGGUGUUUUUUACUUUCAUAAUGAACCAGAGUGAUAAAGGAUUGAUAUAAGAGGAAAGAAGUGCUAACACUUUAGUCCUCGGUUUCUUUAUUUUCUUAUCUCAUUGGCUUAAUUUUA